UUCCUGGGGCUGCCAUGAGUCUUUGGCGGUGAGUAUUUUGUGUAAAGUGAGCACUGUGGAGGGAAAUUGCAUGCCGCUCAUGCCACAGGCCUUAUACAAGCUGACAGGGGAUCCUGGGCCAGUCACUGUGCUUACUGGUACUGUUGCCUGUGUAGGUCUGGGCCAGGAAGGCAUGCAGGCGUGUGUAAUGUCCCAUAAAUCACUGGCUGACAUCAGGGAUAUCACGGUGCCACUCCAGACAGACAUAGCCAAUGACACAGAGACCUCCCUGAGUGGUCCUUCAGACAAACGUAGACUCGGGCCUGAGUGUCAUUAUGAGAUGUCGUCUCUCAGUGCCUCCUUCGUGCAAAUCAAGUUUGAUGACAUCCACUUCUACGAGAACUGCGGCGGCGGCAGCUUUGGCAGCGUGUACCGAGCCAGGUGGAUCUCUCAGGACAAAGAGGUGGCAGUGAAAAAGCUGCUCAAGAUCGAAAAUGAGGCCGAAAUUCUCAGUGUUCUCAGCCAUCGGAACAUCAUUCAGUUCUACGGGGCAAUCCUUGAAGCGCCGAACUAUGGAAUCGUUACUGAGUAUGCCAGUGGAGGGUCUCUGUAUGACUAUUUGUCCAGUGCGCUGAGUGAGGAGAUGGACCUUGGACAGGUCAUGACUUGGGCCAUGGAGAUUGCCAAAGGUAUGCACUACUUACAUUCAGAGGCCCCGGUCAAGGUUAUUCACAGGGACCUGAAGUCCAGGAAUGUGGUGGUGACUGCAGACAAAGUUCUUAAGAUCUGUGAUUUUGGGGCCUCCAGGUUCCUGGCACACACCACUCAUAUGUCCUUGGUGGGAACAUUCCCCUGGAUGGCCCCAGAGGUGAUCCAGAGCCUGCCUGUGUCUGAGACAUGUGAUACUUACUCCUAUGGCGUGGUCCUCUGGGAGAUGCUCACCCGGGAGAUUCCUUUUAAAGGCCUGGAAGGCUUACAGGUAGCCUGGCUGGUAGUGGAGAAGAGUGAGAGGUUAACCAUCCCCAGUAGCUGCCCUGACAGUUUCGCUGAGCUAAUGAGAAAGUGCUGGCUGACUGAGCCUAAGGAAAGACCAAUGUUCAAACAGAUCAUUGCAACACUGGAGUCUAUGGCCAACGAUAGCAAGCUCCCUGAACAGUGCAACUCCUUCCUCCACAACAAAGCUGAAUGGAGGUGUGAGAUUGAAGCCACGCUGGAGAGACUGAAGAAGUUGGAGAGGGAUCUGAGCACCAAAGAGCAGGAACUGAAGGAGAGAGAACGUCGCUUGAAGAUGUGGGAGCGUAAGCUCAUUGAGCAGUCCAACACCCCACUUCUACCCAAUCUUCAAAUUCAUUCCUGGACCGAGGAGCAUGUGUACUUUUGGAUGCAGCAGAUAUUUGGGGAAGGAGAGGGGACAUGGGGGAUGCAGCUAUAUGGCGACUUGUUUAAGGAAAAUCACAUCACUGGCAAAAGGCUGCUGUUACUCACCGAAACAGACAUGCGAGACCUGGGGGUCAAGUCCAAAGGUCACAUCAUCCACCUCAAGAGUGAAAUUGAGAAGCUUACCAAUGAUUACCUUGGUCUUUUCCACUUUCCCCCACUGAUAAAGGAUGAGUGGGCCGAGGAGGAGGAGGAGGAGCGGAGGAAGAUGGUUCAUCUAGAGCUGGUGUUUGGAUACCACUGGAAAGCAGGAGCAGAUCACUCGGACUGCAAAUGGAAAAUGUACAUGGAACUUGAUGGAGAUGAGGUUGCAAUAACCUACAUCAAAGAUGUCACCUUUAAUGCCAACCGACAGGAUGUGGAACUCCUAAAGAUGACCAAGCCCCCUUUUGUGAUGGACAAAUGGGUAGUUGGACUACGGACGAAUCAGAUUGUUGACUGCACUGUUAAUUAUGAGAACGCUGUAAGAACCCCAAGGUGUACAAGACAUAGCCAUCCUGUUAGAUGGAACACAACCAGUGGACAAGACGAGAUCCUGACUGUGGAGCUGGUGAUAGAAACAACCCAGUUAAACACAGACGGCCAAUCUGGAAGCAGAACACACUUAAAAGAUGUGGAUAAGAGAUGGAUGUACAACCUGAGACAGAGGCAGCUGAAGAGCCAAUCAGCAGCAGACCAGCACGGUGGCCGGCCCCCGACCCAAGGUUCUGAGACCCCUACCCUCUCUCAGUUCCUGUCUGUGUAUGGAGACCAGGCCUCUUCCUACGCUGCAGCUGUGCGGAGGUCUCCCAACCGCGACACACAGUCUGCCUGGUGCUCCCGGAGCUCGUCUCCCUCUGCCAGCCUGUGUUCCAUGCUCUCCCCCCUCUACCUGGGGUCAAAGGGCAGCAGCCCCUCCAGCACCACCUCAGAAAGUGCCUUGGAGCUUGAUCGGCCACAAAGCGCCAGGGCAGUGCAAAAUUACUGCAGGCACAACAGCAACUGGUCAACUGAAACGGGGGGACACAACAGAAACCCGUGGGCCAACACAAGGGUUAAAUUCACACAGAAUAGGUCUGGCCGGUCUUUACAGCAAACCGGGCGACCUCGGCCAAGUACUCAAAGUGCAGCAGCUCAAAACCGGUCCAGGGUGAUACCUGGCAUGUCUGAAAGUCCCAGUGCUGAGCAAAACGUGGCUAAAGUCAGUGAAGGAGGAUGGAUUAAAGUAGAGCGUCAGAAAAGGUUACCUCGACAGGACAAUAAACCUGUCAGAGGAAGACCAAGGAGAGGGGGUCGAAGUUGAAAACCAUCUGCUAUUUGAAAGUAGACUGAACAGCAGGUUUACCUAUAAUCUACAUUCCCUUUGGAAGGAUCUUCCAAUUGGUCAUUUGAAAUGGAUGGGGCUACUUUACUACGUGUGUCUUUUUGUCAAGAGCAAGACUUUUUUAUUUUCAAUCAAAAAUAAUUGUUCUGAAAGCAAAAUGAGGCUUCAAAGGCUGAACAGAGUUAGCUGUAGCCUAGCCUCUUAAACCAGACCUAGAAUGUUGCUAAGCCUGGGGAAUACCUAUAGGAUUUCUGUUGCAAAGGGGUGGGAAAAACGCUUUUGUCCGUAACGUCUCAAAACACGUUAAUUCAAAUUGAUUGGGCUAAAGCCUCAAAACACAUUAACCCAGUAAAAUACAUAUGCAACAGUAGCUGGCAAAGUGAAGAUGCCUACAAUAUUGCUAAAUUAAAACCCAUCGAAAUCUGUGGAUGUAUGUGGUUAACCAUAUCAGUCUUUGGGAAAAAACAUAACCUUUUCCUAGGUAAGUCGUCGUUAUUGCGCACUCGCGUUAGAUGAUAUAAUAGGGGCAGUAACGCUGAAUGAUGGGUUUUCUAAAGUGAUAUAUGGCUCCUCUCGCAAUCUUCUGCUAUAAUAUAAAAUAAAUGUAAAUGAGUUAGAAAGAAUCAGUGCUUUUGUGGGGGGAAAGGCUCGUUGUAAACUGAACUAAAAGUGGUGGUGCGGCAGUCUCAACCUCCAGAUUUACCAAAAGACUUUCGCCUAAUCCCCGUUCACACAUAAUCGGCAUGCCGAUGUGGAAAGCGGAAGCGCUUCAUUGCUAGUCAUUCAAAAAAGAUUUCCCGCCCCACUCCUUGCAGCGGUACAGCAGCGCUGGCCAUGGCGAAACGGCAGACAUGAAAAAAUAGAGCGGUGUUCUAUUUCUUUUCCCUUCUCCGUCGCGGAAAGCCAAACAGAGCACAGUGGAAAACCAAUAGGAAAGCUUGUAGGAGGUACUACAAUACUGAAUAUUCCAUAACCUAACAAACAUGUCGGACGAACAGCUAAUUUUACUAGUACGAGAACAGGAGGAAAUAUAUAACGUCACACUCAAGGUCCAUCGAGACAGUAUAAGAAACAAGGGUGAAGGAUUGCUUAGAGUCUCAGACCUACAGUUGCCCUCGAUCUGAUAAUAUGUAAUAUGUAUGUCUAUUUAGUAGCAGCGGCGUCGUUAGGCCUGGGCGUCCGGUGCUAUAGCCGCGGUUCUCAAAUUGACCACAAAAAAAGCCCCUGAUCUAUUUUUCUAUAAUUCCGAUAGCGCAUUAUGACAAUGUAGACGUGUAUAGGCCGCUAGCAUGUACAUCGAAAUGUUCCUCAUGUACAUUCAAAUGUUCCCCAGUUAAAAGUAAAUUAUUGGCCAAAACAGCAAAGGUGGAACAAUUUCAGCUGCCUAUUGUUGUCACUUGCGUGACGGCAAGUGAUUUGAAUCGUACUCGAUUCCUUUGACGUUCGGAACACAAACUUGAUCCUCGAAUAUUGAAUUCAAAGGAGUAACCACUAGUGUCAGUGACCUGUUUUCAGUUUCAUUAAAUCGCUGACUGUCUGUCAUGCUUGAUAAAUUAAACUUUUACCAUAGCCCGUAGGAAGGCACGGGCCUUCUAUUUUUUAUUUUUUUCAGAACACCAUUUAAGCAGAGAAGUUGUAAUGGGUUUAUUGACUUAUGAAUCUUAUGAAUAAAGCACAGUUCUUCCAAAACAGAAUAAGGUUUUCCUCCAUUUUUGUUUCUUUUCUGAUAUGUUGCAACUUAGAUAGGAACUAAAAAACGUUUAGGAAAUGUGUACUAUCCAGUUCGAAGAAAUAGUGAAAUCACACUAAGCCCGCCUUCAUCAAGGUUUUGAGUGGAGGAUUAUUUUAAAACGAACAUCCAAUAGAAAUCUUGCAGCUGAGACUCAAGUUUCCAGACUUCCAAGGGAGCCAGAUGAGAGUGGAGGCGUGGCCUCGCGAGAGUUGUAGCCAAACUGACACACAAAAAAGGCUGACCAAUGGAGACGCAACAUCCACAGCCCCCACUAAAGCCCACCCACAGCUCUGGGAACAAAAGUGAAAAUGAAGAACUAGUGUUUCAAUCAAAAAAAGGUUUCAAAAGCAAAAGGGGGCAGUCUAGCCAAAAUGGAGGGUGGUUUAUAGUGAAAUUAAAGUUUUGUUUUAGUUUUGUUUGCUCUCUAUAUACUCUAUAUGAGUAUACUCUAUACUCUGGGAAUGAAUUUUUAGCAUGUUAUUACACAUUUUUUGAUUGCUAUCUUUUUUUACUUAGAAAGUUUUUGCUUUCAGAACAAUUAUUUUCGAUUGAAAAGAAAAAGUUUUACUCUUGACAAAAUUACACAAAUGUAACUUCAUACCGUUCUGCUGCAAUCCAAUAUGUCAUAUUUUCUGAGCAAUUUCUUUGGUAAAUUGUAAAGCCUAUUUUGUUUAAAUUUGCAGUCUGGGAUCUUUGGCCACUGGUUGUAAAAGUAUUGCUAUUGAGCCAAAAUGGAUCCCAGAGAACUGUGCCUUCGGGAAAGUAUUCAGACCCCUUCACCUUCUUAAAAUUUUGUUGUGUUAUAGACUUCAUUUAGAAUUGAUUAAAUUGUUCUUGACAUCAAUCCAUACGCAGUACCCAAUAAUGACAAAGCAAAAACACAUGAGAAGCAUCAUCAUAGCACGAUGCUGCCACUAUCACACUUCACUGUAGGGAUGGUAUUAGCCAGAUGUAGCACUUGAUAUUCAGGUCAAACUCUUUGAUUUUGGUCUCAUCAGACAAGAGACAAUUUUUAAUCAGGCUGUCGGAGUCCUUCAGGCAGCAUGUCAUAUGCCUUUUACUCAGGAAUGGCCUCCAUCUAGCCACUUGUACCAGAAAGACCUAAUCGAGUUCUGCAAUCGUUCUUGAGAUAUUUGUAUACAUCUAGGACACAGCAUGUGUCUGAGAUCAAUUUGGAAUGCCAUGGCAAAUAAUCAAUGAAGAGUAUAUUGAAUUCAGUCUAUAACACAACAAAAUGUGGAGGAAAUGUAUGUGCAGGUAUGUGCCCAUUUCAUACAAACUACUCAAAUUAAAUUGUCAUGGUUAACUAAGGUAUGGUCAUUAUUCUACCAAUAGACUAUUCAGUAAUAAGUAAUAACAACAACAUAUUACACAACCAUGCCAAAAUAGUUUGUUAGUCAGAGUCCCAGACUGGAUUUUUAACUUUCAUUUAUGAGGUAUUUAGCCUGGCAAUUGCAUAUUUUAUUACAAUUUCUAAAACUUUUGGUAUAUGUGGAUUGAAAUUGUAUAUGAAAGCACAUUGAUAAUAUAAGAAUACGUGGUGUAAAAUAAAAGUUAUAGCCAAAUCCAAAUGACCACACCUGGUGGAAAGAACGCGGGAGAUUUUCAACAAACCCACCCCUUAUGCAAAUAUUUAAGCUAUGAUUUCGCGCCACCGUGUAGGGCUUGAAAGGUUACAAUUUCUGAAUCUGUAUAUGUAUAAUCAUUGUUUCACAUUUGUACAAAAAUAAAAGUAUUCAGCAGGAAUAUUUAAA